CGUGUUCAUUUCACCCCCCGUUCCUCGAUCCAUCUGCCGUAGAAAGUUGAAAUGUUAGCCGCUCGCCCGGUACAUCACCGCGGAAAGUUUAAUCUAUGCGUUAGUCGGUAAUCCACAUUUAUCUUAGUUUUUACUGGGGGUGCUGAUAUUGGCGUUCGUUGUUUUCUUGAUUUUUAGAAAUUUGCGACCUCUGGUAUUGCCAAAAUUUGGAACGUAUAAAAUUGGCCCGGUUUGCCAGUUCUGUCGUCAGUUCGACGUGGUGUGUCCUGCAGAGUGAAAGCAGCUGCAAGAUGAGGCUGUCGGUGAUGUUUUCGGUAGUGUUGGUGGGGAUAGUGGUUGUUGCGCAGGCUGAUCGCAGGAAUCCGCAACAUUGGAGUGUAAGCUGGAAUCAGCACUGGAAUCAAUAUGCAGAUCAAAGUCAAACCGGGAACCGCAGGCAAUCAGCACCGCAAGGCAAUCAGCUAGAAAUCACGCCGGUUAAUCAACAGGCAGUCCUGCUGCAAGCAACUCAACAGCAAGGAAAUCCACAGGCCAAUCAGCAAGGAAACUCACGUCCAAGUCAGCAAGGAAAUCAGCAGCAAGCGAAUUCGCAGGCAAAUCAGCAGCAAGUGACUUCGCAGGUAAAUCAGCAGCAAGUAAACUCACAGGCGAGCCAGCAAGCAAAUCAGCAGCAAGGAAAUUCACGGCCACAGCAAGGAAAUCCACAAACAAAUCAACAACCAGGAAGUUCACAGACAAACCAACAACAAGGAACUCAACAGCAGGUUAAUUCACAGGGAAAUCAACAGCAAGUAAAUUCACCGACAAAUCAGCAACAAGGAAAUCAACAGCAAGGAAACGUACAGACAACUCAACAACAAGGAAAUCCUCAGACAAAUCAACAACAGGGAAAUCAACAGCCAGUGAAUUCGCAGACCAAUCAACAGCAAGGAAAUGUACAGACAACUCAACAACAAGGAAAUCCUCAGACAAAUCAACAACAAGGAAAUCAACAGCCAGUGAAUUCACAGACCAAUCAACAGCAAGGAAAUUUACAGGGAAAUCAACAGCAAGGAAACACACAGACAGGUCAGCAAAGUAAUACACGUCCAAGCCAGCAAGGAAACUCACAGUCAAAUCAACAACAAGGAAAUCAACAGUCAGUGAAUUCACAGACCAAUCAACAGCAAUCACAGACCAAUCAACAGACAACUCAACAACAAGGAAAUUGGCAAGGAAAUCAUCAGCAAGGAAAUCAUCAGCAAGGAAAUCACCAGCAGGGGAAUUCACAGACAAAUCAACAACAAGGAAAUCAACAGCCAGUGAAUUCACAGACCAAUCAACAGACAACUCAACAACAAGGAAAUUGGCAAGGAAAUCAUCAGCAAGGAAAUCACCAGCAAGGAAAUCACCAGCAAGGAAAUUCACAGACAAAUCAACAACAAGGAAAUCAACAGCCAGUGAAUUCACAGACCAAUCAACAGACAACUCAACAACAAGGAAAUCACCAGCAAGGCAAUUGGCAGGGAAAUCACCAGCAAGGAAACUCACAAACAAGCCAACAGCAAGGUAAUGUACAGACAACUCAACAGCAAGGAAGUUCACAGGGUGGUCAGCACUGGAAUCACCACGAAAACCAGCACGGCAAUGAACAUGAACACGGCCAUGGACACGAAAACCACCACGGGGGCCACAAUGGUCAUCAUGGCGAAGAUCAUGACCAUGAUCACAAUCGUAUUCCCAUACCGAUUAUCAGCGACAAGGCGGCGUCAGCCAUAGUAAAAGCGUCGAGCAUGCUGACAGAUGCCCUGAAGGCAGCGGCAGCUGAAGAAGUCUACGAUAAAACUGGGGUCCUUACGAUCAUCCGGACGCUAGUCACGGAAGCCAUCACGGUAGUGAAUACUCUGUUCACCGAGGUCUCCGGAGCAGUUUCCGACAGAAUCACUAGAAAUCGGGGCCCUGAAGAUCCGUUGUCGGAGUUGUUGGAAAAAGUGGAACGAUCCGUCAGAGAGAUCAAAAGAGUUCUCAGAAGUCUGGAGGGCAAGAUCAAACCAGCUCAACUCUCGGAUAUCGAAAACGCCCUGGAAGAUAUUGUACGGAAAGUGUUGAAUCUCAAAAUCUUCAAGCCGAAACGAGAUCGGGCGUCUGCUGGUCCAUUCUCAUUCGACCAACCUGGACGUCAUGAAGAAUCAGAACCAAUCAACACCCACUACCACCAUGGCCUGGAUCUUCAAACUGUGAUCGACGAUUGGGCAGCUGCCAUCGAGGGUAUCGCCAACGCCGUUCAAACCCUUGCGAAAGCAAUUCAAGAAGUCAUCACCACCAGAACUCUAGCCAUCACUAUCCAGAAGUCCGUUCACAAAUCGCUGGCAUUGAGUGGAUCUUCUCUAAGCUCUGUUUCCAAGCAGCUCAACAGUGGCCUGGAGGGCCUCAAAUCCAAACUCGGCAAGUUCGCCCAAAUGACUGUUACGCAGCUGAACCAGGCCUAUUCCUCAAUAACGUCCAACCCGACCAAGUGGCACCACAGGCUUCUCAGCAAGCUGUUCGAUUUCCUUGCCGCCUACAGCGAUUACGUCCACAGGGAAUAUCUCCGUAAGAUAGCAUCCAGCAUCAACGAAGUCGAACUGGACAUCGCCUCCGAAAUCAUCAAGCAAACGCGCAAGUCCGGACUGGAGAUCGCCCAGGCUGCCACGCACAUCACCGAUAAGGCCGCGGCCAGUUUCAACCACCAGACCGCUUCCGAUUGUGCCCUGAAACAAAUACCCAAGCUGAUGGGUCCAAGCAACUCGCUCAGCCGUUUGGCACAAUGCGUCAGCGGGGAGAGCAACAACCUCAACGGACUUUCUACCAGUGGACAACAAGCGUUGACUCAGGCCAAGGACAACGCCGUCAACAUCGUCAACCAACUGAUGGUCUGCAACAGCGGUACUGACCAGUGCUACCACAGGUUCUCCAACGUUUUCGACCACAAGAAGUCCCGCGCCCGGGAGGAUCUGAAGAAGGCCGGUGAACAGCUGGUUGAUGCGUUGGAAGUCAUCAGCAAGCGGAUCGAGAACUGUCUGGAAGUCGUUGCCGAAGAGAUCAAGGCCACCACCAAGAAGUGCAAGAAGGAUUUCGACUUCUGUGCGAGAUUUUGAAGAGUUAACCACCUCCCAUAUAGGAAUGAUGUAAGAAAAGAGUCGGAAGCUUAGGUAGAAUUGAAAUUAUUUAUUAUUUAAUUAUUUAUUCUGAGAAAUUCAAGUUUAGAAGUGAAGUAAAAACAAUAAAUUUAUGAC